CUCCUAUAGUCAACACUCUUCUAGAGUCAUGGCUCUUGGCUGGAUGCCUGGGCAUGAGAAAAACAGCAGUCAGAAGCACCUCCCUCCUCACCCCUCUGGACUCUGUCAUAUAAGCAGACACACCUCAGGCAGGUCCUGUACAGUGCAGUUUCUUUCGGAGGCAAGAGAAGAGAGACAGGGGAAAGAAAGGAAGGAAUGACAAAGGUCCGUAACUGGAGUAAUGAGUGAAGCAAGUUUUGUUCUUCCAGGGUCAGCAAGUGGUGCUGAAGGAGAGCAGGGCAGAGACAGUGGGGAUAAGCAGUGAAGCACGAUACUGUGAUAGAUUUGGGGGGUGGCUAAACCCUAUACAUUAAUAAUGGUGGGAUUUUUGAUUAGUUGAAGGGAAGUUUGCAGGCCAGUGGGAAAAUACAGGCUAAGCUUCCUUUCCAAGCCAGGGCCUCACCUGGGAUAUUAGACAUGACAAAAGGUGUUGAUGGCCCACCUGAGAGGAAUUCUUGGACCUGGACAGACAGAGGUUGCCAUGGUGAUGGGGUUUGUGUUUGAGGUGUCAGGAAAAGAGAGUACAGUGGUACCUUGGGUUAAGAACUUAAUUCGUUCUGGAGGUCCGUUCUUAACCUGAAACUGUUCUUAACCUGAGGUACCACUUUAGCUAAUGGGGCCUCCCGCUGCCGCCGCGCGAUUUCUGUUCCCAUCCUGAAGCAAAGUUCUUAACCUGAGGUACUAUUUCUGGGUUAGCGGAGUCUGUAACCUGAAGCGUCUGCAACCUGAAGCAUCUGUAACCUGAGGUACUACUGUAUUGAGAGCAAGGUGUCCUAGGAAGAAGAAGGGGGCGAAAAUGGCUGGGAUGCAUCUUAGGCAGGCUGGCUGGAGUCUGGCUAGGAGAGAUGCCUUUGAUUCCAGGGCUGUACUGCUGUGGGGAACAGGCCCCUCCUGAAAUGACCGCACUAUAUUAUUCCUGUUGCUCCACUAGCAGGCGAUGGGUCUCGAAUCUGAGCUGGAAGGUCUUGACCUGAAGUCCGAGGGUCGUCCAAUGCUGGUGGAAGUUGAGGGAGUUCCAUUGCUCAGAGAAAUGGAAGAGAACUGGGAUCAACUGAAAGGCUUCCAAGCGCGCCCUGAUGAUCUUCUCAUCUGCACUUACCCCAAAGCAGGUAAAUGGAGAGAAAUCACAUGGGGAUGAGAAAGGGGAGACCAAGGGCUACUGGCUUCAGCCUAAGCAGAUUUUCUUUGUUGCUAUCCACACCUCACUGGCAGGGACUACAUGGAUGCAGGAAAUUGUGUACAUGAUCCAGCAAGGAGGAGACCCCCAGAAAUACGCUCAGGUGCCAAUCUACCUACGAAACCCCUUCAUAGACCUGUUUCCUCCAGAGCCCGUACCCUCAGGUGAGUAACAGGCACUGAUUCAGGGAGAGGAUAGGAAGGGCAGAGACUCUCUCAGUGCAAGGUUGUAAGGCACCCUCUGCUUUUGCAGGCUUGGAUGUGGCGGCAGGAAUGCCCUCUCCACGCACGAUCAAAUCCCACCUCCCAAUCCAGCUCCUGCCGCCUUCCUUCUGGAAGCAAAACUGCAAGGUCAGAACAAGUUGGGCGAUGUAGAUGGCUUAGUAGGAGCUGAGAUUCCACCCUGGGUUCGAUUUCAAUUUCCGGGCUCAACCUUAGAAAUGUCGGAAGCUGCCUUAUUCAGACCAUUGGUCUACCAAGUCCACUUGCUGUCCACGCUGACUUCGACAGACAAUACAAAGGGUGGUGAUAUUAUAGCACAAUGCAAAGUCGCAGAAAAAUAUAUCACCAAGGACAAGUGCUCUACAAGAAGGAGUACAGUAUAUACAAGCAGACAAAUGCUGUUCCGGUAAACUCAGCAUUUCUUUCCACAAAGGGGCUUAAUCAUUGAGCUGUACAACAGGUCCGGGUCUUGACGUAUGAGUUGAUGUUACUUCUGUCAAAUACACAAGUGAUUGUAAAGAAAAAGUCUAUGUCUAUAUUUGUCUGCUUGCCUAUACUCCUUAUUGUGGAGCACUUGUCCAUGGCGAUAUAUUUUUUCUGUGACAAUCCACACUGACUAGCAGCCUAUAUCCGGGGUUUCAAAUAGUGGUCACUCCCAGACCUACCUGGAGACGCCAGGAAUUGAAACUUGCACGCAAGGAAGAUGCUCCACUGCUGAGCUACACCCCUUCUGCCUUGGGACCAGUGAUGCAGCCUAGGGAGCAGCCAAUCUGAAGGUUGGCAAGCUGUUUUUGUCUGCUAACGUUAUCAGGAAAACAGUACAGAAAAUGUGAAGCAUGGAAUGGUAGUUGUCAUGGGGAGAAAUGCUCAAUUGUAUGCAUUGCAACUAAAGUGAUACACAUGAGCAUCUUAAGGAGCUUCGUUAGAGCAUUAUGUCUAGGGUCUAAAUUACCUACCUGCACCACUGCCUGGAAAAUGUAAAGCUAAAAUAAAAAGAGGAUGCCUCUAAACAUGUUCAGACUGCAAGCUUAAUCUGAUCCUGCAUUAAGCCUGUUUGCAGUGCUUCAGAAUAUGCGAGAUACAAGUGAAGGAGUGCCUCUGAGCAUUAGCAGAGUGCCAUCAGUGCAACUCCUGCUUCUCACUCAUAGUGGUGUGGCCAAGCUGAGUUUGUGUCUUCAGUAUGGCUUUGUUGUAGAUUUAAACAUACUUAUCUAGCUAUAAUUAACAUUCAGUUCACGGGGACUUAUUUCUGAGUAGACACGCCUAGAACUGUUUUGCGAAAGAACUGAGCACAACAAAAAGCGGGAAGGCGAGGUGAUUCGUAUGGACUGGAACAGCGCAGAGUAAAAGGCUUGUGACUAGGACUCCUGGGUUCUCUCUUGACCCACAGAUCAUUUAUGUGGCCAGGAAUGCCAAGGACAAUGCAGUCUCCUACUUUCACUUUCACCGCAUGAACAAAUUCCUUCCAGAACCUGGAACGUGGGAAGAGUUUAUUGAGAAAUACAUUGCAGGGGGAGGUAAGUGGAGACUAGAGGACAAGAAUAGAAGAACAGACACUCCUUUUCAGGAGGCCUGCCUGUUCUAGCAGAGUUAUAUCUGUGUAAAUACUACUGUUUACUCCAGCUCCAGCAUGCUCUCAGUCAGGGCUGAAUCUGGGCUUUCUGUCACCCGGGUCAAAGACCCAGUUUGCCACCCCUCCCCCUGGAUGCAUGCAGACACCCACCCACCCACACCCCUCAACACAUUUAAUCAUAAAGGCCAUAAAAUGUCGACAAUAUACCGGUAUCAUUUGAAUACAAAUGAAUCCUAAGAAGUAUUAUGACUGUUCAGUAUGACCAAAGGGAAAAAGAGCAUCCCUUCCAAUAAAAGCAAAUUGUUUGUCAAAAAUAGAACUUCCAGGGUCAUAGGAGCAUUGAAAGACUGCAUUUCCAUAAGAUCAGCCAAGACCCUCUGGUUUUCUUAAAAAAUUUUUUUGUCUCUUUGAGGCUUUUUGCCACACACCCCUCUUCUUGGUUCUGUGCAAACCCUUUCAAGGAGUUUUGACAUGUAAAUUUACUCCCAAGUAAGCUUCAACAACAUUCCUUUCCAUUCUAUUUUUGUUUGAUUACUCAUUUCAGGAAAUGAUCAUUUUGUAGUCAUUUUAGGUUCCCUGUAAAGUGAAGAAAUGCUUUUUGUGAGACUAAAGUAGAAAGUGCCCUUCCAUUACAACCCUAACACAGCCGAGCUGACCAGAACUUGCCAGGGAACUGCCUCUGGCAGGAAAAAUGGUCACACACCCCUUACCUUCCUGUGUGUAGAUCAUGUAUAGCCUGUAAAAUGACUCAACCUUAGCUAUAUAAGCACAGUCCAGGUUCUGAAGGGAUCAUAGAUUCAUAGAAUUGUAGAGUUGGAAGAGACCCCAAGGAUCAUCAGUUGGAUUCUCUUCCUCAGUUUCCCACCCCUCCCUCAGUCACUCCAGAAUUUCCUUCUCACACAGUAGCAAACCCACAGGGGAUCCUAUCUUAUGCUUCACUGGGGAGAGCCACGCAACCUCUCCAGAUCUUCUAACUCUCCCUCUCCCUGCAUCUUGUUGUAAAUCAGCCUUUUCAUCUUUCUCUCUGGCUGAAGCCCAGACAUGCUGGGAGCCUCAAUGGCGACCCUCUGGAGGCUUCACCCAGGGCAGAAACCCUGGCUAGACCUCCCCACCCCCCAGCUACGGCUUUGCUCUCAGUGUCUGCGGCGUCUGAAGCUGUAUACACAUGACAUUAGCCACAAUUCAUAUCUAUCUUGUAGAUUCUUGAGGAAUACUACAUUUUCACCUAAUUUGAAAAUGUAAGCCACCUUUAAGCUGAAGUGUGACCAUUCGUGACAGCUAUUGCACAUGUACGUACGACAGCUUCAUUGAACAGGAUUUGGUGGAGGGUGAAGCCAAGGAGAGCCCAGAUAGGUAAUGCACAUUGGAGAAAGACAUUCCUGCCCAGUCUCUGGUCUGUAUAGCAAGGUAAGAAAUGCACCUUGAAAUGCGGCGGGGGGUAAAAGACUUCGCUGCAUUUUAAGCUGCUAAAGUGUACAUAGGUUAAGUCUUUUAACACAGGAAGAGAAAUGAGAUUAUUGGUUAGUGCAAAGGAUGGAGAGUCAGAAAAAUCCUCUGAAGCAAGCGGGCAAGUCAUGUGAACCUGCAAAGUUAUUUGCUGUUGUUUUUCCAGCCAUGGGGAAAGUUACACUAUGGGGAAGAGGCGGACACAGGUCUGGGCACCAUACUUCACUCUCUAACCCAGGGGUAGGCAACCUAAGGCCAGAUGCGGCCCAAUCGCCUUCUCAAUACAGCCCGCGGAUGGUCCAGGAACCUGCGUGUUUUUACAUGAGUGGAAUGAGUGCUUUCAUUUCAAAUGUGUGCUUUUAUUUGUGGGGCAUUGGAAUUUGUUCAUUCUCCACCCCCCAAAAAAUAUAUAUAGUCCAGCCCACCACAUGGUCUGAGGGAUGGUGGACUGGCCCAUGGCUGAAAAAGGUUGCUGACCCCUGCUCUAACCCUUCGGUCUAUUUUUUAGUGACCUACGGCUCAUGGGCCAACCAUGUUCGUGGAUGGUGGGAAGCCAAAGAACGUCACCCAAUUCUGUACGUUUUUUACGAAGACGUGAAAGAGGUAAGAGGCAACAUACACAUAAGGCUGUAGGUUCCACUAAGGAGAUUAUUUGCACUAGAAAUGCUUUGAAGAAAUAUUCUGAUGCCGUGGGCUUCUGGCAGCAGGGCCCCAAAAGAGCCAGAAACAAAUUCAGUGAGCAUAACAUAACAGACUCCAAGUCAUAAGGAGCCAGAUGCCAUCAUGUGGUAAAAUGUAUUUCAUCUCGCAGGCAAUCCCUGGGGGUGAGGAGAAUUCACAGAAUCAUAGAGAAGUAAAUAAUAGGAAUAGAAAUAGGAUGUCCCUAUUUUCAUCAGGGAAAUGUUGUGCUGGUGGUGCUGCUGCUAGAGACCGUCAAGGAAGGGGUCACUUUCCCAAGUCCUCCCUCCAAGCUUCUAAUCAAUCACACGCAGGGACUGAAUGGGUUACCAGGCUUUAUUGGCUUCUUCUCUGGUAGUACCAGCUACAGAUCAUCAAACAGCAAGUCUAAAACACAGCGUGUUCUCUCCCUCCCUCAGCAGGUUAACUCAAAGGUUUAUAGGGGCUAGGAAUGCUGUCAACCAGCCAGCCCCAUCGCAUGCUCCCACUUUGGGAACUAAUUGUUACCACUUGUCUGAGGGGCCCCACCCAGCGGUCCCUGCUCACAGGAUCACGACUUCACAACAGAGACUGCCCGGUUGGCGCUGACCCAUGACAGGGUCUUUUUAGUGGUAGCUCUCUGUGGAAUGCCCUCCAUAGUGAGGUGGAUCUGUUUCCCUCAUUACUGACUUUCAGGAGGAAUUUAAAAACAUUUCUGUUUAUGCAUUUGAUGGCUGAAAGGUACUGUUCUGGGAAAUCCUGAAAUCACUGCUUUGAGAACAUUUUAAACUGUUUGGAGAACGCUUUUUAAAAAAAAAAUUAUUGAUGUUUUUGCCACCCUGGGCUCCUUUGGCUUAAAGUGGGAUUAUUAUUAGUAGUAGUCACUAAAUUUAAUGAUGAUGCUGUUGAUGAUGAUUUAGGAAUACUAGAUUUCUAGAUGAACACAACCUGAUUUGUCACACUACCCAUCACAACUCUUGUCUUUCUUUCUUUCUUUCUUUCUUUCUUUCUUUCUUUCUUUCUUUCUUUCUUUCUCUUUCUUUCUUUCUUUAACUGCUGUUGCUUCUUCUUUUUUCAUGAUGAUGAUCAUGACAAAGUAAUGAUCAUAAAUAUAUAAGAAUAAAAAUGUGCACCACACCACCAAGACCAUUCCAUUGUAAUUAUCCAACCUCCCAAAAUUUCAACACCUCUUGCGAUGGUUUGCCCCUUUUUGUUUUAACAGUACAAAUUCUACAAACGCCUUCCAUAUUUCCUUGAAAUCAUUUCUCCUGCAUAUUCCCUGUCUUACCUUAAUGCCACAUGUUAAUUUAUCAUUAAUAGCUAUAUUCCACACCUCUUUAUACCAUUCCCCCAUUUUAUAUUCUGCUUGCCCCUUCCAUUUCCUAGCUAUCAUAAUUUGUGCAGCUGUCAAUAAAUUUGUAAGCAAGUCCUUCAUAGCCUGCAAACCUUCCACCCCAUCGUAAAUUGAUAAUAAUGCUACCUCUGGACUUUUGGUCAGCUUUAACCCAGUGAUUUGUGUUAUCUCCUUCAAACCCUUUGCCAGAAAAAAAAUCAUAUUUACACCCCCACCAUAUGUGAACAUAAUUCCCAGUUGCCUUUCUUUUUCUAUAGGAUCCGGCCCGGGAAAUUCAGAAGGUAGCCCGGUUCUUGGGAAUAGAGCUCCCAGAAUUUGUUCUCAACCAGAUUGUGCAGCACACAGAUUUUGAGAACAUGAAAACAAACCCAAUGACAAAUUAUACCACCUUCUCUUCUGCCUUCCUGGACCAAAGCAUCUCGCCCUUCAUGAGAAAAGGUGGGAACCAAAGACCCAUCUGACAGGAGGGGGGAGGGGACUGAUAGGGGCAACAGUGAAAGCAAGCAGUGCACAAUCACUUUCAGUCAGGGGUGUGCUAUAAGAAUUUUAAGGUCUUAUAUAUAUAAAAUAGAUGUUCAUAAAUGUACCAAGCAAACACAUACAAAUAUGUAAACCACAUGUCUGAAACCCACAGAAAAGCCCUGAAACCAUUUUCUCUCUUCCAAAUUGACCUCAAAUAUUUCUCUGCAAGGUCAAAGGAAAUGGGGAGCCUUCCCAUUGUCUCUUUGCUCACAAAUCCUGUCUCAAGGGCACAUUUAAGAUGUGAAAAGGGUGAGCCUGUGACCUGUGACCUGGAUUCAGGAGUUGAGUAGUUAUCAUAACAAAAGAGUGGUCAGGAUGCCCAGGUAAUCCAAUCAAGUAACCUAGCAGACAGGAGAAAAAACAACGCACUCAGAUUUCUGCUGUAGUCCGCCCCUUCUCUGAUGUAUUAAGGGGGUGGUCUUGGGCUACACCCCUUCUGUGCUGUAGGUAUGAUGUAUCUGGGGGGUGGUCUUGAGCUACAGGGUGGGCAAUUUCACAGUCUAUAUAAGGGCUUGCACACCUUUGUCUGGGGUCCUCCUCCUCUCUCCUGCGUGUGGGGUGAGCACCCUGUUGCAACAGCUUUAAUAAAGAUCAGGCUUAUAGCCGCUUUGCUGUCGUAUAUCCUGGUCUGGUCUCGAAUUUCCUAACCGGUUUGAGCCUUAAAAGGUACGCUCUCUCCAAAGGUCCAGUCUUCCUUAAGAAGUUGAACCCCUUGAAGGGACCCCUCAAUAUUCUUAUUUCAGGUGCCAACUUGAAUAAAAUAUUGGGGGGGCAGGUAAGUCCUGCCUCACAUCAUUGAUUGCAUGGCUCGGCACAGCACACACGCACACUUUGAAUUGCAGGGCCCAUCAGACUUUGGGGAUGUGGCCCUUUCAUUGGCUGACCCCCCGGGGGGGGCUACUUGGUGCCCUGCAUUCAGGGUAGUUCAGCAAUAUUAUGAAAUAGCUAUUGGAAGUGACUACCUUCAGAGAUUUUGGGAGUCAUUUUGAACUCGGGAAUGUUGAAAAGGGAGAUGAGGAUUGUGCUUCUUUUUGGGAGGGGGGGGGAUGUUGAUCCUGUCCCUUAGCCAGUCAGCCGGUAGAAGCUAACGGUUGGGAGAUAAUUGUAGCCCUCCCAUCACUCACCACUGUUCUGUCCCAUGAUGCUCAAUCCGCCUCAAAAAGUAAUAGCCAGGAAUUUGCUUUCAGGUAUAAGUGGGUAACAAGGACCGUGAGUUUAAGAUUGUAAAAUCUUCAACAUGUUUGCCUCCACACAGCAACCCUGUAAGGUGGGUCAGUAUUUAUCACUCCUAGUUUCCAGUUGGAAUACCGGAGCUGAGAGAUGGUGAAAGGCUCAAGGCCAAACAGUGAAUUCAUAACCGAAGUAGGAAUGACACACCGGCUCCAAAAUGAAAUGUACAGCUUGCGGGAGGGAGAUUUUUACUUCAGGCAGAGAAACUAUUGGGCCAGUAGUCCCUCACAUCAGCCAAAGGUUUGCCCUAGACUACUUGCCAGAAUCCUGUGCAAGAGUUCCUGAGCAGAUUUACGAAGUUGAGGAAGGGCUCCCUAAACGGAGAAAGUUUGAAAUCUGCUGAGUUAAAAGAAAAAGAAAAGAAGAUAGGAAAACAGAUGGUUGAAGGGAUGUUAAACAGCUUAAUUUUUUCUGGAUUGUCUUCCCCACCUGCAGGAACUGUAGGAAACUGGAAGGAACACUUCACAGUGGCUCAAAGUGAACAGCUAGAUCAUGUCUGUGCCCAGUUAUUAAAGGGCAGCGACCUGACCUUCCGCACACAGCUGUAAGCAUCUCUCCAUGCCUCCCAGAGAGACUUUCAGCCUUUAGACUGAAGAGGAGCUGAAUAAAAGAUCCAUAUUGAUAAAGGGAAAAUCUCUUUGUUAUACAAUACUACUGACUGAGGUGUUGUUUCUCAGACAGCUUUUAGGUUGCUGUUGUUGUUAUUUUACAAUCAAGCAGUGUAUAAAUUUAAUAAAAUAAAUAAUUAAACCAGCUCCACACUGA